AUGCAGCGUUCACUUAUUCGUCGUCUAGGUAAUCGCUCAGCGUUCCCCCUAGUGGUUGCUGUGGCUCGAACCUCGCAGGUGCAACCUGCUGUUCAUGUCCGGUCAGGAUUUUCUGCCCGUGUUGUUCCCUCCUUCAUGUGCCCACUACGAACGUACUCGGGUGGCCAUCAUGAGGAACAGGGUUCUCGCAGCGGUCAGUACCUGCUAGACAAGAACGAUGUCCUCACCCGUGUCUUGGAGGUAGUGAAGAACUUUGAGAAGGUGGAUGCCUCCAAGGUGACCCCUGAGAGUCACUUUGUGAACGAUCUGGGCUUGAACUCUCUCGAUGUAGUCGAGGUUGUGUUUGCCAUCGAACAAGAAUUCAUCCUAGACAUCCCAGAUCACGAUGCGGAGAAGAUCCAGUCCAUUCCAGACGCCGUCGAAUACAUCGCACAAAACCCUAUGGCCAAGUAA